AUGCCUGUGCUGGCGUGGCUCGCUGCUGUGCCAAGCCGCUCGCCUCUAUUUGCUAGCACCAGCAGCUGCCCCGAAUGCGACCUCUCUGGUCUCGGCUUCACGCCGUGGGCCAGCGGCUCAAAACCCUUUUCCUUGGCAGAGUGGCGGGCUCUCGUUCCAGAGCCACACGAUCAGAUCAAUGGCAGGGUCCCGCCAGGCAUCCCGAUUCCCACAAACUCGACGCGACUCAGCGCACAGUUGGUCAAUGACGUGUGCUUCGUCAACUGGUGGAUUCCAGGGCGGCCGCGGGGGUACCGCACUCCCAUUCACGUCCACCCGCGGCCACAGACAGUGUGCGUCGUCAGCGGCGCAGUCAUGACCAUCGCUGAUGGUAUGCCGGAUGAGCUCCACACAGCGGGCGAAUGCUACUUGAUGCCAGCGAUGACAAAAAUGGUGAACCUGGCCGUCGGAAAUGGCAGCGACGGCAUGGGCUAUACCGAUUUUGAUACCUUUCGCGUCCCGCUUGGCGAGCCCGAGUGGGUGGUAGUUGAGCCGGGCCCGAUUUUGGCGGCGCAGGACCUGCAGUUCGUGCGAGACUGGCAUAACUCCUCGAGCUGUACCAUGUAA